GAGCAUUGCGGACUCUACCCAGCCAGUUUACACUCUUCAGCACAGCAUCUUGGAAAGCUCUGCAGAGUCUCCACCUCGCAGACUCCAAGAUGCCAGGACCUUGGCUGCUGCUGGCUCUGGCUUUGAUCUUUACCCUAACUGGUAUCCCUGAAUCCUGCGCCUUGCUGGAGGCAGCCCAGGAGGAAGGUGCAGUGACUCCUGACCUUCCUGGCCUGGAGAAAGUCCAGGUCCGGCCGGAACGUGGAUUCUUGCCGAAAGACCUUCAGCGGGUGCGAGGGGACCUCGGUGCUGCCUUAGAUUCCUGGAUCACAAAACGCCAGCAUCCAGGCAAGAGGGAGGAGGAGGAAGACAUGGAAGCUGAAGAGAGGGGAGACUUGGGAGAAGUGGGAGCAUGGAGACCCCACAAACGACAGCACCCUGGCCGACGUGCCAACCAGGACAAGUAUUCAUGGGCAGACGUGGAGGACAGCGACUGGCUGCCUCCGUCCUGGUUACCAGAUUUCUUUCUGGAUUCCUGGUUCUCAGACGCCCCCCAAGUCAAGCGGCAGCACCCUGGCAGGCGAUCCUUCCCCUGGAUGGAGACUGAUGUCACCAAGAGGCAGCAUCCAGGCCGGAGGUUCAUAGACCCUGAGCUCCAGAGAAGCUGGGAGGAAAAAGAGGGAGAGGGUGUCUUAAUGCCUGAGAGACGCCAGCACCCUGGCAAAAGGGCAUUGGGUCGCCCUUGUGGGCCCAAGGGGAUUUGUGACCAAAAAGUCCUUCUCCAGCUUCUAGGUGAUCUGAGCAGGGGCCAGGAGACCCUGGUGAAGCAAAGCCCACAGCUGGAAGCCUUGGACAGGGGACCUCUGGAGGAGUAAAGCCAGAGUCAGGCUUUAGGUCUAGGAUGACAUAAGCCCUGUGUGCCCUAUCCCGUUGGCUCCACCAGCUUUCCUCUCUUAGAUGCUAAACCUGCUCCCUCUGUACAUAGAAUCCGCCCCAAACCCUUCCUUACCCCCCUCAGGGACUGACCAGUCAGGAAGUUAAAACCCUACUUAUCCCUUCAAGCAAGGGGGUGGGGCCCUCUUCCCUGUCAGCCCCACAGUCUCACACCCCUUCCACACUGGCUAAGAUGGUUCUUCCACACCUCCUAAGGGACCUCCUCAGAAAGGGUAGGAUUGAAAAGUUUUGGUGUUAAAAUUGAACUUCUGUCAUCUGCCCCACGUGGCAAGACUGACCUGAUAUAACUUCAGCACAUCCUCCAAGGUUGGAGCCCCUAAGCAGUUUGGGGGAUAUUCAGAUAUGUCCUGGGAA